GUUCGUUUAUUCAAUUCGUUCGUUCCGUUUGUUGUCGGCGUUCGGCAGUAGGUUACUUAGUCAGUAAAUGAGUUUGUAGAGAUGGGCGCUCUUGGCGUCGGUAUUUGUAUUGGAGUUUGCCCUCAAAUUAAAUCAUUAUCAACAAAUAAUGCUGAGACAGUCAUAAACUUAUGAUAUUUCUCCGAUCUCACGUGCUUAUCAAACCAGUGGUCGUGAAAAACGAUUUUGUUUUUAGUUUGACCAACAGUUUUCCAAACUCUGGAAAGUGAAUUUAAACGUAAUAUUUUUGUUUUAAAAUGUAUAUAUACUCCAGUCGAUAGUGGAUGAGAAUUUUGUGUAUAGUUAAUUCAUGUAAUAUCUUAGUUAACCCGUAUAAUAUGGUUCUUUCAUGUGUAAAGGGAGUUCUUCACAAGAGUGGGGUCUGUUUUCUGUUAAUUUUACAUAUAACUUUUAGUGUUUUUCAAUUUAUUAGCUUAUUAUCAUCCCACGCUUUAAAACAAAUUAAAAACUUAUAUAGAGGACCUAGACAUCAAAUAUUAAAAGGUGUAUCAGCGAGUUUUUUGAAAGAAGAAUUUAAGUGCUACCCAAAAGUACCCAGACAUUUAGCAGUGGUUAUUGAAGAAGAUGAUAUCUCCUACCAAGACUGUAUUAAAUUAAUAUUGUGGUGUAUAUAUUCAGAAAUACCCUUCAUAAGUUUCUAUACUAAUAAUGGUGCAAUUAAUCCAACAUCCUUAUACGAGGUGCUAUGCAAGAAGAGCAAAAACAGUUUGCAAAACAUACAGUGGGGAAAAUCAUUCCAUAAAAGUGUUAAAGAGAUGGCCAAAAAAGAUAUCAACGGUUAUGUGUGGAGACCUAUCGUGGAAGUGAAUUUGUUCUCCUCCAAGUCUGUCAGUAACAGCAUAGAGAGUGUGAUGUUGAGGUUAUGUGAGGAAAAAUUGAAGCCUGAAGAAAUAUCGAUAGAUGCAGUUGAUCAACACUUUAGGGAUGAAAUACCUUUACCAGAUCCAUGUCUGUGUUUAGUGUUUGGAAAGACAUUCAGCACAUUUGGUUUUAUGCCAUGGCAGAUUAGGGUGACGGAAAUUUCGCACAUUACAACACAUCACAACCUCCAACUUGAAGACUUUUUGUGCGCCUUAAGAACAUAUGCAUUUUGUGAUCAAAGGUUUGGGAAGUAGUGAACAAUAUAAAAUAUAUAGUUAUUUAUGUAAAAUGUAUAUCCGGGUUAAGGGGCGUAAUAUAACGUGUAAAAAGUAACAGUGGUCAUUAUCGAAAUGGGGUUUUAGAUGUAGUUGUAUUCAAGGUGUUCAGUAUGAGUAUUCGUGGAAAGUUCUUUAACCAUUUCCUUCUGAUAUAUCUUACUUUUGUUAUUAUAUAGUUAUAAUAAAAGAAUAAAUCCUCAAUUAAGUCAAGAAAAGUUUUAAGCUGGUUUGUCAAUAAUUAUGUUACAAAUUUAAUUUUUUAAACAUGAAAUUUGUCACAUCAAA